AAGAAGAAGAAGAAGAAGAAGAAGUGAAUGUGUAGAAGUGAAACACUGGUUUGAACAGUCGUCUCCGGUGCGUAGAAACCAAUCACAACAAACCUGAAUAUUUCAGCGGCAAAAACAAACAGGAGGAAUAAGCAAUAACUCUGGAUUACUAUAAAAUUCAACUUUCGAAAUGACCACUGGUGAUCUGAAAGGAUGUCUGAGAAAGCUGGAAGCGUCUCUCCGUUCUAUCAAGUAUCCCAGAGAGGUGGACUAUCAAAGACUGGCUGUGGGAGAUCCAUCAGCUUGUCUUCCUAUUGUGAGCUUUGCCUUCACGUCCUUUUCCCCCUCACUCACAGAGCACCUGGUUGAUUAUGGUGUGGAACUAACCGGAAUGAAUGAUUUACGAUUUAUUGAGAAUGUUUACAAGGUCUUGCGGGAUGUUUUCAGCUAUAAGCCACUGUUGACCAAACAGCAGUUCCUUCAGUUUGGCUUUGCAGAGAGGAAAGUUAUCAUUCUCUGUGAUAUCAUUGGCCUUGUUCUCAACAAACACAAAGAUCUCACUAAAGAAAGCAAGCAUGUCAGUAAGCCAAAGAGAAGGCCUCCGUUCAAGAGCUGCAGUAAAAAUGAGAUCCCUUCUGCUGAGAGUAACUCUCUGCGGUUAACAGACCUGCCAGUACCUCAGAAGCAGCCACUGGUAGAAAGGCAUCUUGGCAGCAGCUCAGUACCAGCUCAGAUCAGAUGCUCCUCAGAAGAGGAGCCACAGCAGGAUGAGGAAACAGAAAAGGACUCGUCUCAGCCUGAAGAUUCCAUUGAGUGUGUUUUAGAGAGCCGGCUGAGGGGUGUAGAAGCAAGUCUUCUGGAGAGUGUUGGCAGACUGGAGCAGCGAUUGGCCCUUAUGGAACUCAGGAUUCAUGCUCUGGAGAAAAGCUUUGCUGGCAAGAUUAUCAUCAAAAGCAACCAGUGGGAGAACUUGGAGAGUCGCGUGCUGCUGCUGGAGACCAGGCUGGCACUGACCUCAGCACAGGGUCUAACUUCAGGAGAUGAUGUCUUUAGCACAGACAAUGGUAGAUUCAAAGAGGACACAGUAUCUGCAAGUGGCAUUUCUACUGUGAUUCAUCCACCAUCUGACAUCAGUGAUAAUGGACACACUCCAGCCAGUUCUCCUCUGACAGCUCCCCAGAAUUUUAAAGAAAGGCUGGACAGAAUAGUUUACAUGAUGAAGGAUACAUCUAACAUUCUGCAAAACAUAGAAUCGACGAUGUAAAUUUGAUCACAGUCCAGAGAAACUUAUUUUAAAGGAAUAAAAUUUCUGUCAUUAUUUACUCACCCUCAUAUUUUUCCAAAAUUAGUGUGACAAAGACUUUCUGAUAAACAGACCAAAACUAAUUCAUUAAAAGUCUUGCCUAACACCGUAGGGUUAUGGUAUGGUGGAACUGUAUUUCGAAUAAAUUGGAUGGAAACUUUUU